GACCCCCGUUCCAUCUGCAGCUGGAGCACAGCUGGAGGUCAUCUUGUUAAACCCAGUCUUCUACCCAGGACCAGGGCUUGGACCCCAGGUCUGAGGGAGGAGGACUGGAGCCUGGACUCCUAGGUCUGAGGGAGAAGGCUGAGGCCUGGAACUCCAGAUCUGAGGGAGGAGGGCUGAUCUGGGUAUGAGAUGGGGAAGACUGGGGCUAAUCCCUGAGUCUCUGGUACACAUUCGAUGCUCCAGAGUCCUAAUGUCUUCUGUGUGUUUCCCGACUCCUUCCAGAUGAGGAAGCAGUGGAGGAAGAGGAAGCCCCCGAGGAGCCGGAGCCGGUGGCAGAGCGAGAAGAAGAGCGCCCCAAGCCCAGCCGUCCUGUGGUGCCUCCUUUGAUCCCCCCGAAGAUUCCAGAAGGGGAGCGUGUGGAUUUUGAUGACAUCCACCGGAAGCGCAUGGAGAAAGACUUACUGGAGCUGCAGACGCUCAUCGAUGUACACUUUGAACAGAGGAAAAAGGAGGAGGAGGAGCUCAUUGCGCUAAAAGACCGCAUCGAGAGGCGUCGCGCAGAGAGAGCUGAGCAGCAGCGCUUCAGAACGGAAAAGGAGCGAGAGCGCCAGGCCAAGCUGGCGGAAGAGAAGAUGCGGAAGGAGGAGGAGGAAGCGAAGAAGCGAGCAGAGGAUGACGCCAAAAAGAAGAAGGUUUUGUCCAACAUGGGGGCUCAUUUUGGGGGUUACCUGGUCAAGGCAGAACAGAAGCGUGGGAAGCGGCAAACUGGUCGGGAGAUGAAGCUCAGAAUCCUGUCUGAGAGGAAGAAGCCCCUGAACAUCGACUACCUGGGGGAGGACCAGCUUCGUGAGAAGGCCCAGGAGCUGUCAGAAUGGAUUCACCAGCUGGAAUCAGAGAAAUUUGACCUGAUGGAGAAAUUGAAGCAACAGAAAUACGAGAUCAAUGUGCUGUACAACCGCAUCAGCCAUGCCCAGAAAUUCCGAAAGGGGGCUGGGAAGGGUCGAGUUGGAGGCCGCUGGAAGUGAGACUACCUGGACAUGUCCCACUGUAUGGAGCCCAGGAGCCACUGGAGUGUGUCCCAUCUGUGACUCAAAAUAAAGGCUCCCAGGCAUCUGCUUGAGUUCUUCAGGGUUGUUAUUGUGAGUGGUUGGCUGUGUGGGUUGACUGACAUCUCCACGUUGUCUGGGAGAAUCAUCUACUGCCAUUAAAGAAAUUUCAAGUUC